ACUUCGCCCACCGCCCCCUCCACCGACGGCGCCGCCGCGGCGACAACACCAGUCGCAGGCGCCGGCGCCAUGCGGGACGUCGCAUUCGUUCCGCUGCUGCUGCUGCUGCUGGCCUCUGCCGGCUGGCUCCCCGCCCCCGCCCACGCCGCCUCCGCCAGGGGAAGGACUGUGGGGAGCGGCGCCAGGCCACGGCGCGACCAACACCACGCAGCAUGUUUCGUUGAUCUGAUAGAAGAUUUGGCUGAGAAAGAACCUCUAAUCCUGCAGAAACAAUGCACAAAAAAUGUAUGUUCAUGGAAACUUCCGGAAGGUGACGAAGACCAACUUAACUUUGAAAGAGGAGAAGAAGUAUUGAUUGCUUGCCCAGACAAAAAUAACGAACUACAAGGUUUCGCAUCCCAAAUCAAAUCUGUGGUGGCUGUUUGCUCUGACAAACCUGAUUCUAGUUUCAAGGUAGAUGGCGAAGCUUUCACCAUCAAGGACUUUGAAUGCGAGAGGAUCCCAAAAGGAGAAGUUAUGACCAAGAAUGUAGCUUGUGGUCACAGAAAUGCCGAGUUAAUGGAACUCGGCUUCACUGUUCGAGAGCAGUGGUAUUCGUUGAUAAAAGUGUGCCAUGUUAAGGCGCGAUCAGAGACACUGUUUACUGAACACAUUCUCCAAGGAGAGAUGACGAAGAAAAGACGGAUUGCAAAACGCCCAUCGUUUGAAGAGGGUGGAUGCGGUUGUUAUCAAGGAUUCUCUGCCAACGACGCGUACAAGAAUGUCAACAAAACUUUACGGGAAGUAAUUGGGUCUUCGAAAUUUCCGAGUUCUAUCUCAUCUAAUAUAGACAGGGGUCAUUUAGCACCGGAUGGUGAUUUUCUUAUCAUACCCUAUCGCUAUGCAACGUAUUUUUAUGUGAAUGCUGUUCCAAUGUGGAGUGUUAUCAACAGAGGAAAUUGGGUUGCUCUGGAAGAUAAAAUUAGAAAAUUAGCAAGGGAUCUCGCGACUGAUUUGCAUAUUGCAACUGGCGUUUUUAGAGUAAUGGACUUACCCGACCGUAACGGGAACCUACAAGAAUUAUUUUUGUAUAGAUCAUCCAACAGAAAGCAAAUACCUGUUCCAAAAUUCCUUUGGAAAGUGGUGUAUGAUGAAAAAAGCAAGAAAGGAAUUGCUUUUGUCGUGCUGAAUGACCCGUUCACAAAAGCCAUUGAUUCGGAUGAUGAAUUGUGUCCGAAUAUAUGUAAAGAAUCAGGAUGGAAUGAUAAUAGAUGGAGAAGAAUAUCACGAGGUUAUUUGUACUGUUGUGAAGUGAAGGAACUAAAAAAAUUCGUUCCGUAUGUACCGAAGUACGAUAUAAAAUCAGUUCUGACUGGGUCAGAUUAGGAGUUAACCUUUAUUGAUAAGGUUUUUUAAUAAUCAGUUGUUUUAUCAUCAAUUAAAAAUGUUGCCAAUAUUCAUUUCUUUGAAUAUAUUGAAAAGUAAAUUAGAUUGAUUCUCCAGAGAAUUAUGUUAAUGUGUAUUAUCAAACCGCGACACAAUUAAUGGAUGUGUUGUAUUUCUAUUACCGCGACGUGUAAAAUUUAAUUUUAUUUAAAAUUUACUGUGUACUAACUACGUAUAAAAAUAAAGUUGGUACUGUUCGAGUUCCUGUUAAUUUUUAUCAUGAGUGUAAUGUGUAUCUCUUUUCUUUUCAAAUUUUUAUGUACAUAGUAUUCGUGUACAAUUUUGUGAUAUUGUAAAAUUUUCUUAACUCAUAUUCUGUAUGAUAUAUAACAUAAUAAAUUACUUCAACUUACA